AAACAAACUUAGCAAAUUAAAAAAAAAAAAAAACGCUCAAUUUGCCUCUCUCCCAGACACUCGUAAGAAGCAAAACCUGGCCGCUAAACGCAGGUGGAAACUCUACUAAGCACAAUUCUUCAACAUUCAAUUUUCGCUCCCCCAAUUUCUCAAGGUUGAAUUUUUGCCAUGAUGAAAGUUAGUAAGGGAAAAAAAGGUGUACGGACUGGGGAAAAGAAGAAAAAAAUUAACAUUGAACAAAAUGCUGAUGAUGUUGAGACACAUGUCACCGUGAACAAUGAUGUUGAUCAUGGAGUGCCGGUUACAAAGGGAAAAAAGGUGAAAGUUUCCAUCAACCGAAAAAGAAAGAACAAGGACAAAAAUCUAGUUGAAAGACAAAGACCGGAAGAUGGUGAAGUUGAUUUAGAAGCGCAAAAUGCGGAUCCUGAAAUGGAGAUUGUAAAGGGAAAAAAGGUGAAAGCUACUACUAGUCGAAAAAGGAAGAACAAGGACAAAAAUCUUGUUAGAAGACAAACACCAGUAGACGGAGAAGUUGAUUUAGAAGAGCAAAAUGAUGGAGUAGUGGAACAUUGCGAUUCUAAAGAAAAGGAGGUGAAAAACUCCAAGAAGCCUAGAGAUUCUAAUAUUGAAGCAGCUAUCAAACCUUGUACGUCAAAGCAAGCCAAGAAAAAAAGAAGAAAGGAGGUUCCAAAAUCAUCAGAAAAGAAAGAACAAAAUCAGCAGGAUGACAUUCAUAUUAUUUCCUCUGGAGAUGAUGACUGCUCAAAUGGAAUGAAAAAGUGGAUCAUGGAAUACCAUCAAAGUAGACCAGGGUUGGAGGUUUUGCAACAUCAAAUUGAAGAUUUUAUAUCUACUUACGAGGAAAAAUUGGAAGAGGAAAGAAAAGCAAAAGAAGCCCUUGCUGCAGAAGGGGGAUGGACGGUGGUUCAGCACCACAAGGGUAGAAAGAAAACUACUGACGCCGAAAGUGGGAUUGCUGUGGGCUCGGUUGCUCAGGCUGCUGCAGAAAAUAAGUUGGCCAAAAAGAAACAUACAGGAGUUGGUCAAGAUUUCUACCGCUUUCAAAAAAGAGAAGCUCAGAGAAAUGAGCUAAUGGAAUUGCAGAGCAAAUUUGAAGAGGAUAAAAAACGUCUGCAACAGUUGAGAGCUGCUAGGAAAUUUAGACCAUAUUAAAUGAUGUUGAUUGGAGCCAAUGUCCCAGGUUCUUUUCUUGGGGGAGUGGAUUUAAUUCAUGAAGCACUGAAGUUGAAUUAUCCUUUAGUCCUGACAAAUUUUGUUCAUUUACCUUUCCAAUCUUGUCAAAAAUAUUUGUUAAUUUACGAAGUAGUUGUUUUAAUUUUAGUUAUAUUUUGCUGGGUGGUGUUCCUUCUGCCCAUCAUUGGAUUGCAUUAACCUAUGUUAUUGUGGAUGUAUAAUUAUCAUAUCUUUUUCCUCGGUUAUCUUUUUAUGUCA